GGGGCGUGGUUCCAUAAUCUCAUGUGUAAAAGUUGACGAAUUCUUCGACUUUUUUUCUAAAUUUGCUGUUGUUUUAAGGUUUUUAUAACUCUAAUAAGACGAUAUAAUUCAUCAUGUCACGGCUAAAUCACAUACUCACAAUCGCGGGCGUCGGAGCGAGUGCAUGGCUCGGCGGAAUGGUGUCCGAGCGAUACAGACUGAGCCAAAAGCUGGACAAACCUGGCCUGCCAAUAUUUUCCACAGUCUCGGCUGCAACCCCAUUAGAAUCUCCAGCAAUCAUCAAGCCUGUUAACCGAGUCUCUGAAAUCAUGCGAUUUGGUUUUCCCAGUUUGGACAACAUCCGGUCAUUGGACGACUUUGUUUUAUCUUACGACAAAAGAAACCGGGUGCCAAAUUGGGUUUUUGAGCACAUUACCAAAGAUUCUGUCAAGAAAAAUGACAAAGUGGACCGUGCUAAAUGUGACUUCUACGAAGACAAGUCCGUUCACGAGUUCUUCAGGUCCACAAAUUCAGAUUACAAAGGGAGUGGUUUCGACCGAGGACACAUGGCGGCUGCAGGAAACCACAGAAUCACCCAGCAGCACUGCGACCAAACCUUCGUCUUGUCGAACAUGGCACCUCAGGUCGGAAAAGGUUUCAACCGGGACUCAUGGAACAGGCUCGAAAUGCACGUCAGAAAACUGACCAAUUUUUACAAGAAUGUUUACGUAUGCACUGGCCCUCUGUAUUUACCAAAGUUAGAAGCAGAUGGCAAAAGCUAUGUCAAGUAUCAAGUGAUUGGCAAAAACAAUGUGGCAGUACCUACGCACUUUUUUAAAGUAAUAGUCAUGGAGAGCGACAGCCAAAAGCUGGACAUGGAGGCUUAUUUGAUGCCAAAUGCCGUCAUCAGUGACGACACUCCCUUGAAUGUGUUUCAAGUGCCGCCUGAGACAAUAGAGCGAUCAGCUGGACUGCUGUUCUUUGACAAAGUCGCAAGGAGUAAGCUGAACAAAAUCAACGGCAGAUGGGCGUGAAAAUCGUGAAAUUUAACACUGUUAUUUAGCAGCAUGUUAAUCUUUUAAUAAUAUUAAAUAAAAUCACUCGUCCUCCUGAUCUUCUGGAUCAGGGUAAUCA